UAUCUUGUUGUCUUGGAGGGUGCUCUUCCUACACUCGGUGUUAGAAGAAAUUGUGAGAUUUGCGAGGACGCCGGCGUUAUCAGCGCGCACGCCGCCCGUUGAUAGCUGUAACAAUAAUGUGUGUCGUUCACGGCGAGUGGAGAGGAUAAGACCGUCGAUUAGGUGGUAACGCUGCGUCGCGUCGCGCCAGAGUCGAGUCAAGCGAGCUAAGUGCGAGCCAACCGAGUUACUUCUUGGUUUACUAAAUUUUCGAAAGUUCACUCAUAAAACACGCCGUCUGCAAAUGUCAGGUAUUAACGACUGACUCCGAACGAGUUAAAAUUGAUACAAAUAUCGCGCGGCGAUUGAUACCACCCCCCACCCCCACCCCCACCCCCACCCCCUACCCCCGACGUUAUUCUCGGAUGGUGUUAAUCUUUCGCCUGGCACAGCUUCGGUAUAAUCGCGCUUUGCUCUGCCGGGGUUGGUUUUUAACACCCCGCCAAUUUAACUCGGGUCUCGUGUUCUGAUUCGACAUGGUACUGUCUGGAGCGUGGUUCGAGGUAGUAGCAUUUUUCGCUGUAAUAUUGCUUGCCACCGGAUGCCGUCCUGCUUGGUGGUUUUCACCAGGAAGUUCCUUGCCGGCCAGUGUAUCAUCGACGAAGACGUUGAAACGGCGUAAAACCGUUAGAGAUGUCCCGGGGCCACUUGCUCUCCCCAUUCUUGGCACGAGGUGGACGUACACGUGCUUUGGUUCCUUUCACAUGAGCAAAAUACACGAAGCAUAUAAAGACUUAAAUCGCCGUUACGGAGCUGUGUGCAAAGAGGAGGCGUUAUGGAAUUUUCCGGUACUCUCUGUAUUUUGUAAAAAAGAUAUAGAAGCAAUUCUCAGACGUGGCUCAAGGCAUCCGAUUCGUCCUCCUUCCGAAAUAAUAUCGCAUUAUCGACGAUCUAGACCAGAUCGCUACACGAAUCUUGGACUCGUCAACGAGCAGGGUGAAAUUUGGCACAAACUACGCAGUGCCCUCACCCCAGAGUUGAUGAGUGCCAACACGGUUCUUGGAUUCCUUCCUGCGUUGAAUCAGGUCGCCGAUGACUUUGUUAGUCUGAUACGGUCGCAGAGGAAUUCAUCAAAUGCUGUAAUGGAAUUCGAAGAACUCUCGUAUCGGAUGGGACUGGAAAGUACGUGUACCUUGAUCCUGGGCAGACGUUUGGGAUUUCUCGAACCAGACUGCACAGGAGGUUUGGCAACUAGAUUGGCCGAUGCCGUACGCGUCCACUUCCGGGCGUCUAGAGAUGCUUUCUACGGUUUACCACUGUGGAAAAUAAUGGCUACCAAAGCUUACGCAGAAUUAAUUAACAGCGAGGAUGCCAUUUACGACACGAUAUCAGAACUACUUGAAACUACAAAGUCGGAACAACGGGAUGACGCACGUGACGAAGGCGUCGAAGCAGUCUUCAGAUCCAUACUGCGUGAAAAAGAUUUGGAUAUGCGAGACAAGAAAGCUGCAAUCAUAGACUUCAUCGCCGCCGGUAUUCACACGCUGGGCAACACUUUAGUAUUUCUUUUUGACUUAAUUGGUCGUAACAAAGAAGUGCAGAGGCGUCUUCACGAUGAAGUAUCCGCUUUAGCUCCACAAGGAUGUGAUCUUGCCGCGGAAGAUUUGCGGGACGCAAAAUAUCUCCGAGCUUGCAUCUUUGAGGCAUUCAGAAUUUUACCAACAACACCCUGCAUAGCACGAGUACUGGAAGAGUCUAUGGAAUUGGGAGGAUAUGAUGUAAACGCCGGGACAGUAGUUCUAUGUCAUACUUGGAUAGCAGGUUUGGCGGAAGAAAAUUUCAAAUACGCCGACCAAUUCAUGCCUGAAAGAUGGCUGGAAACUGCCGUUCCUCAUUCUCCCCUUUUGGUUGCCCCGUUCGGAUCCGGUCGACGGAUUUGUCCUGGAAAACGAUUCGUCGAGCAAGCUCUUCAAUUAAUUCUUGCGAAGAUGGUCCGAGAGUUUGAAAUUAGUGUUACCAAACAGCUAGAAUUGCAGUUUGAAUUCAUUGUAGCACCGAAAGCACCCGUGGAAAUAUGUUUCGGCGAUCGUUUGACCCCGAAUUGAAAUAUGCUCUACGAGCAUAUUGACUACUACAAUAUUAAUGUGGGUACAGCGUAUCGCAGGUAAAGUUGGAGAUGUGUGGAUCAUGGAGAAAUUGAUUGUAUAUAUACAAUGUGUAUUAUUUAGACGAAUGUAUAGACUAUCUUGAUUAGAUGUAAGUUUGUUUAGAUUUAUUUUUACUUUUUUGUCAUUUACGUCAAAUAGUUUGCGUUGGUUUCGUAAAUACUUCGAAGUUUUACUUGCGAUCAAAUUAUACUUGAAGAAAGAUUAUGUUAAUAAAUUCAACGUGAUUGAAUUAGCGGAUGAAAUUUAAUACAACGAUCGGUGGUACCGAAAUUCUUAUUUCUGUUAUCUGUUUACAGAUAUGAGUCAGUACCGGAAUCUUUAGUUUUGCACGAUGAACGAUCGUAUAUAAUCGUUAUAGUACAAUCUGACUAUUUUGUGAGAUUCAUCAAUUUCUAUUUCCGAACAAAAUAUGUCAUAUCAUACAUUAUACUCGUGAAGUGGGCGUAUUAUUUGUUGUAAAUUGUUAUUUAUUUAAUACUGUUUUUAAUUCACCGUAAACCAUAAUUUGAUGCUGUACACGCACCUAUUAUGGAUAUAUGUAUAACGCAAAAUAAUUUCCACCGUCUUUCGUGACUAAGAAAGUAUUAUAAGAUGUACGUUUUGAUUCAUGUUAAUUUUGACAUGUAGGCAAAAAUCAGAAAUUAUUUCAAAAAAUCACAAACGAUAAUAUUCAUAUGGAAUUUUCUUGCUGAAGCUUUCUUUGGAUAUACCUAUGAUACGUAAACUUACGAUAACCGUAUUAUAUCUGAUUAUUCCUAAUUGAAAACGUAAUCGUACUAAUGAUCUUGUAGACAUUAUUCCACAAUUUGGUAUUGUUAUAGUUUGAAGAAUGCGUUUUAAGGAGAGUAUAAUUAUAGAAAAAAAAUUGUAUUCGAUAUUUGCAUCAUACGAAAUUUUGAUCCAUCGAUAAUAGUUGUAGAGAUACGGUGGUCAGAUACUCUUGGAUGUAUAUCAGCUUAGGAAUUAACUGUAUAAACAUAAUUACCUGCCGAUUUAGUAUUUUGUGGAGAGAAGAAAAGGGAAACUCCACAGGCUCAUCUUAACUUACGGUUGAAAUAUACACGUAGUAUCUAAGAUUUUUGAGAAGUUAACACCGUGUUAGUAUCAAAAAACGUUCGUUGUUAUUGUUUUUUAUUUUACUGUUUAAUAUUGGAUAAACAUAAGAGACAGAAUGUAAAUAACCUUCACCGAAACUAUAAAUAUAGAACUAUCAAAUAUUAA